AACAGUAAGAUUAAUUCGCUUUGAAUAUAAACACAUAAAUGGGGACGCAGAAAAUUGCCCUACGUCCUCGCGCGACGGCGCAAUCCCUAAGUCAAAAACUUCAACGGCUGAGCUCGAAAAGAAUGGCCACUCAAGAAAAUGAGGAAGACCAGAUAAUAAACCCCUUCACAAUGCUCCUCCUAGAGGAUCACGACAAACACGGAACCUCCACUACCCUACACGAGGCUGCACCCAAUCACCACCUGCUCCAGAACCAUUUUCUCUCUUCGAUUCAAUCAACGCUCACCAUUCGUCAGCUACCUUCCGAGGGCCUCUCCUUCCAGCUCUGGCCCGCCGCCACCUCUCUCGUCUCCCUACUCGAUCGCUACCGCGCUGACCCUUCAUCCAGCCCUCUCUCCGCCGCGCUCAAUGGCCGUCUCAGGAUCCUCGAGCUCGGUUCCGGCACGGGCAUCGUUGGAAUCGUCGCUGCCGCAACUCUCGGCGGCCACGUGACCCUGACGGACCUUCCUCACGUAGUUCCCAAUCUGAAAUUCAACGCGGACGCAAACGCGGGGGUUGUGGGGCCCAGAGGCGGGGAAUUAACAGUUGCGCCUCUGAGGUGGGGCCACGCUGAUGACGUGGAAGCGAUCGGACGGGAUUUCGAUCUUAUUGUAGCGUCGGAUGUAGUGUAUCACGAUCACCUUUAUGAGCCUCUGCUGGAAACCCUGCGUUUGAUGAUGCUAACAGAAGGUGCGGUGAGAGAGCGGAAGGAGAAGAUGAUGUUUUUGAUGGCUCACUUGAGAAGGUGGAAGAAGGAAUCGGCGUUUUUUAGGAAGGCAAAAAAGCACUUUCAUGUUGAUGUUUUGCAUACUGAUCCUCCUUGUGAUGGAUCUAGGGUUGGCGUUGUUGUUUAUCGUUUCGUUGGGAAGAGUUAGCUCCGUGUUUUCUAUCAUCAAGAUUUUGUAAUGCAGUUUGUCGAGGAAAUUGUUCAUUGCAAAGGGAUCUUUUAUCUCC